CUACGUCCCGAACCGGAACAUUGCGCAGGGAUACCAUGCAACAGCGGCUUGAGCAUGAUCCAGGCUCAAUAUUCGAGUAUGGGAUCUCCAUAUGUCGUGACAGAGGAGCUCAGAAGAAAUGGGUGCACACGUUGCCAUGUGACACGGAACUGGGCGAUCGGAUCAUCACCACUGCUUCCUCAUGUCCGGCUUUUCCAUCACUCAUUUCGCUCACAACAAUGUACGAGGCUAUCAGAGUAUCAGCCCAUACUGAGCCUCGCAUGCGCUGUGGGGGCGAAGCUCUGGCUCCUGAGUACAGUGCGACCCUGAACAGCCAGUGAGCAAAAUGUGGCUGAAGCCUUGCAUAAAAGUCCGUCAAGGAUCUUGAUCACUCAUUAACAGUACAGUGUGCGGCUGCGUGUUGAAGAUUCCGGGUCUGAUCUCAAGAGUCUUCAAGCAAGCACGUCUCCCAAGGUUCUUGAGGGGACGAAAUCAUGCGCGAUCUGAAUCGACUCCAGGAGCUCGCGAGAGGGGCCAAUGCUUACACCAAGGAGCGCUUACCAACCGUAGAGAUACUGCGGCGUGACUCCAUAGUAACCUCGCCAGUUGAUCAAGUCGACGCCAAAGAGAAGUUGGUGUUUCAACGGACUAGUAGUGUUUACUACAAAGACCCGAACAAACAGAAGAGAAAUAUUCUUCGAUCCAAAGAAAAGAAAAGUGCUCUCGCGAAUACUGAGGGAUGGUCGUACAACAAAGCUGAGAGGUAUGCUGUCCUCGACUUGGAAAUACGGAAUGGCGGUCCCGCUGGACUUGCCCAGGCCGUCCUUGCCUUCGAUAUGAGAGACCCUCUUGAUGUCAACGUCACAUAUGUCGCCGACGACAAUGGCCAUGUAACUUCCACCGGCAAACAGAAUGGAUGGCUGGAGUUGGCCGCUGGACGCAACGCGCGAAAUGAUGUCGCCUACAUCAGGCUACUUUCGAACUUUGGAGCGAGUCAAGCGUCACGGAAUCGAGCUUUAAAAAUCGCCCUCGAUCGAAAAGCAAUGGAAACUGCGCAAGAACUGCUGAGAAAUGGUGCAGAUCCAAACUCGGACGGAGUUCCUGAACAUUUCCUAGCGGCAAUUCGAGACCAGAACCAGCGCUUGUACACCAUGUUUUUGACGUCGAUUGAGCCUCUCAAUACUUUUUACAUUAACCAAGCAUUAAUCAAAGCUGUGGGCCAAGACUCGGACCUAGUUGCUUUGUUGAUCGCCCACGGCGCUGAUGGAAUGUCCAACGAUGGACAGGCAUUGUGUGUUGCAGUCAACAUAAAAAGUUUGGAGGAAGCAGCCAUGAUAUUGACCAAUCCAGAGGGAGAACUUUCAGCGAGGGCCCUGAACUUAGCAGCAAAUACAGCUUGUGCUAUAGUGGAUGAGAAUAUGAAAGUCCGACUUUUGGACAUGCUCUUCAGCGCCGGGGCAGAAGUUAACACCUCGAGAAUACAAGACGAGCUGCUGGAAGCCGUCAGGAAAGAUCAAAUCUCUCUUGUAAAUCUUCUCAUCAAUCAUGGGACAUCGCCUGAUCGUAACAAUGCUGAGGGUCUACGAUUGGCUAUCAUUUCGAGUCAGACAGAGUUGGUACAAAUUCUGUUGCAAGGACCGGUCCCAGAAGUGAGCACCUCGAGAGCACUUGACGAGGCAAAUGGUUUAGAAGACCCCGAUGCUUUCGAAGAGAUCGUCAGAGCUCUUGUUGAGAAAGGCGUAUCUAGACCCUCGCUUGCUAAAUGUCUCGCGGAUGCAGUCGAAAAGGGAUGCACAGCACUAGCCCCUAUGCUGAUUGAAAGAGGGGCAACUUUGGAAUACUCCAAUGCACGAUGUGUUCGAACAGCACUCAAGCGCAACGACUUCGGCUUAUUUGGGACUCUGUUGAAAGCGCCAUGCCAGCCUUCGAUUCUCUGUGACGCACUUCCAGACGCUAUGAAUGUCCAGCCUCCAUCAGAGAGAUUCGAUAUCAUGAUCAGACUUCUCAACAAGGGAGUGUCUGGAAAGCAGCUACACAUUUCUCUUCAGACCGUGGCUGCAAGUGCGAAGGAUCCUGCAGAUUACAGCUUGAUUGAAGCAUUGAUGCGAUAUCAUGCCUCCGUUGAUUUCGUUGACAAAAAUGGCAAUUGUAUUUGCACCGCUGCAGCUCAACAAGAUGAAAAGUCGUUGGACUUACUUUGCCAAGGAAAUCCGAGCCCAGAGACUGUUUCGGACGCGAUACGAGUUUUGCACGUAUCUUUUGCGGCGGCUGAAGCCGCCGAGUACGAACAACAAGUCGGCAUGAUGUCCACCCUACUGGAGAAGGGAGCAUAUGGAAUCCCUGUAGCCGAAAUGCUCAUCAAAGCCGUACGGGAUGAUCACCGGGAAAAGGCCUUGACUGCACUGAUCCGCUUCGGUGCUGACGCAAAUUAUCAGCACGGAAAAGCGAUCGAGGAGGCGCUGAAACUACCUCGCAUUUCUGCAUUGGACUCUAUCCUCAAAGAUGGCAAGAUUGCCAAGAACACGUUUGCAGCUCAGCUACCAAAUGCUCUCAAUUCGCUGGACUUUGACUUUGACAAAGCAAGCAUGCUUGUACACGCCUCACAGGAUUACGAAUACGAAGAACUUCUCGAUAAGCCUCUUUUGGAUGAGAUCGAAACCAACGGAGCACGCAAGAGUGUUGUCGAACUUCUUUUGAAUCUUGGCGCAAGUGUUAACUACCAACACGGCGGGGCCUUGCAGCAUGCUGUCAAUGCAGGAAAUGUUGAGAUCUGUUGUCUUCUUCUUAGUGCCGGUGUCCAACACGCCAAUAUCGCCUUGGCUUUCCCUGCAACUGGUAGGAUAGUGGAUAGAGCGACUCGAUACAGUCUGAUGAAAGCCCUCUUGGAAGCCGGACAGUUCGACAUAGGACAAGACCAAGCACUUGUACAGGCAGCCCAUGAAGCGAUCAACUGUGAUCUCACUCACGUGGAACUUCUUCUUGAACAUCAUGCUUCUGCAAAUUUCAACGACGGUGCAGCUAUUAUCGAGUCAAUUACAACCAAGAAUUUGCCACUCCUGAAACGUUUUGUACCGACUGAGCUCAACCAUAAGAGCCUGAGUAGGGCAUUCGCUCUCGCAAGGAAGAUUGAAUGUUUAGAAGACGAAAGAUACGACAUGUUCGAGACCCUGCUCCAGGUAUUUGCAGGCCAAGAUCAGAUAAGCUCUGCAUUGAUUGAGACGGUUCUCCACGACGUGACCGACAUCAAGACUUCUUCUCUUUUACUUAGUCAUGGUGCCUCGUUGGAGCCCGAUAACGCACGCGCGAUGCGAGAAGUGUCCUUCAAGGGAUCUCUGGAUCUGCUCAGGGUCUUUUUGGCUACGAACCCUACUCAAUUCGCUCGUGAUGCUGGCUUCCAUUCUGCCACUCGGUCUCAUCUCGCCCCGGAGCAAAGAAAUCCAAUCUACCGAAACUUGCUGGAGACCGGCAUCACACAAGAACUUGUCAGCCAAGCCUUACUUAUCGCCACUAUUACCGAAGCGAUAGACCAUUCCCUACUCAACAUGCUUAUAGGUUUUAAUGCGUCCUUGGAUUUCGAUGCUGGUACCGCUCUCCAUGGAGUUGUCAACAAGGGCGAUCUUUCGACGCUGGAUGUGCUUCUCACUGGAGAUAUCCUGCAGAAGCAGACAUUGGACAGAUCUUUCUCCGAAGCGAUGAAGCUAGACGGGUCUAAUCGCCUCGAAAUCGCGAAAGUAUUGCUAGAGAAGGAUCCUGGAGUCAAUCAAGCGACAGUAUCGCAUCACCUCGGGCAAAUUGUUCAAGAGAACGACCAUGAUUUACUGAGUCUGAUGAUGGACUACGAACCGGACCCUGCUUACAAUCGAGGCGAGAGUUUGAUACUGUCUGCUCGAGCUGGAGAUUCUAAGUCUGCAGAACUGCUGGCGAGAGCGGAGAUACCCAAAGAAACCGUGAACGAAGCAUUUGAGCAGCUUCUAAACGCUCGCGCGAUAAGAUCAAACCUGACUGGUGGUCUAAAGACAGCAGAGAUCUUGCUGACAUUGGGCAUCGAGCAACAUCUGGUUGAUCGUGCUCUGCUAGAUAGCUUUGACGACAAGAUCGACGACUUGACAAGCAAAUUGGUCGAGUUGCUGAUACCAUACAAGCCGGAUGUGAACGGCGGUGAUGGCAAGCUCUUUGUCGAUAUGGCGACGAUUGGCAACGAGGAGCUUUUCCGACGCCUGGCAUCACAGAAGCCGAAUCUGAAUAUAGUCAUCCCAGCACUCAUUCGGUCCAUCGAGAAUGAAGACGAGCUCAUACAUUUCUUGGGUCAACUUGAAGAAUGUGCAGAAAGAGAAUCUGUCCCUCUUGAGGACUUUGUGAUUUUCAGAGCUCUUGAACAGUUUCCAGAGGGGCAUUUGCUUGUAAAACAUCUCCUCAACAAUGGAUGUCGUGCCAAUAGCAAGACUGAGGACAUAUUGAACUCCGCUACUGGGACUGAAACCAUGACUGUCCUCAUUUGGGCGUUGAGUCGCCUCGAACCUCUGGUUUCUGAAGCAGUGGUUGUGGAGAUUCUCGAGGACGGACACGUUGGUCUCCAGGAGGAGCACAAUGCCGAAGUAUCCUUCGAGACUAGUCUGACACGCACCUCAGCGACUAUCCUUGCCAGUGCAGCAGGUCAGAACUCAACGCUGGAGAGGUUGAUUAAGUUAAAGUUCGACUUGACACAUCGCGAUUGGGAGGAUCACUCUCCCCUGUUCUUCGCAAGCAGAAAUGGGCAUCUGGAGACUGCAAGGAUACUGAUCGAAGCAGGCGCUGCAGGCAAUGAUGGAAGUCUGCACGAAGCUGCGAGGGAGGCGCAUCCGGAACUCAUCACGCUGCUCCUUGCAAAUGGUCAUCGUGACGAUUAUCCUUCCUCUGUCCAUGCCGAUGGAGACUUCGGUCGCACACCACUGGAAGAACUGUGUCAAAAUGCCACAUCUGGAACCGAAAAUUGGCCCAAGAGAGUCCAUGCCUCCAUUGCUCAGCUGUUCUCGGCUCAAGUGGCGAACAUACCGAAGAGUGGUGGCAAGACAAUGCUCCACCUGGCGCUGGAGAAUAGAAAUAGCCCAAUUGAUGUCACUCGGGAGCUGUUGUCCUUUCCAUCGGUAUGGGAAAAGAUCAAUGAUCCGGUCUAUCUAUACACCGACGAACAAGGCUAUGUCUAUUCGCCAACCAAAUAUGUCGAGCUUCUCUUCAGCCUCGAGGAUCCCGAGAAAUGUACAGCCCUGACAAAGUUGCUGAAAGCGCGAAAAUGCAAAGACCGCUUCUACGCACACACAGUCGAUCAACCUCCAGGAGCUGUAGGCUUGCCCGAAGAAGUCGCAGAAGCAGUCAACAAGCAGAAACGAGCAGAUCACGAGCAAAGAGAAGAGUUGAAACGACGAGAAGAAGUCGCAGCUCGCCAACGUGCCCUCGAUGAUGUGGAUCACGUCCGCAAUCAGGCAUCACUGAGAGAAAAGCACCAGCUCACGAUGCGUCAACUCAAAGAACAAGAAGAUACAGAAAGACAAGUAGCACAAGACAAACAAAUCCUCGCAGUUCGACACGCGCAAGAGUUGCAGCGCAAACGACAAGAAGCUCUCGCGGCUGAGAACAGGAUCAGAGUCGAAGGGGUGGCGGAAGAAGCUGCCCAUCGUAGAGCAAACACUGAUCGGGAGCAGGCGUCUGAAAUUUCUCAUCGACGUGCUUUGGACUCGAUGGAACGGUCGGCACAGCAGGCCAAGUAUGCGGCUGAGCAGUCUCUUAUUAGUAUCAGAGACUCGGCUUCGAGAGAGGAGUUCCGGCGUCAAAAGGAGCUUUGUGAUAUUAAGGAUGCGAGUGCAAGGUAUCAGGCACAGCAAAGGGCUCAGCAUUCGCAGUAUUGAUGUGAGAUUUGAAGAUUUUGGGGCAGGGAAUGUCGGUCACAUUUCGAAGUUAGGUUAUUGUAAGGGUAGAUUGAGAUUGAUUUACUUUCACUUAUAUCUUCUUUCCAUUAUGGCCUUUAAUUCAUGAAUGUUGGGCUUGCUGUAGUUUAUUUGCUUGAUUUGCCGUUCUUUCGUCACUGAUCUCUGAAAUCAUUUAAGCGAGAUCUAGAGCAAGCCCGGAGGCGAAUAUGACGCUUCACUUCGAACAAGUUGGAGAGACAGCUCAAUACAAAGAGGAAACUCAAUACUCAACAUCACAAUGGGCCUAAAAGCGUAGUUUUCCCAUGGUAUCAUGACACAUCCGAAUGGAGCGCCCAAAU